AGCUAUUAGUUAAGUUCUCCCCAAGUGAGCUUGAUGGGCCGAAUGGCCUCCUCUCGUUUGUAUAGUUCUUAUGUUCUUAUGUUCUUAUCUUUGGUUUUGCCAGCUUCAAAACAAUGUGCUUUGUGAUUUAUAUAUUUCUGUCAAAAAUUACUGAUUGAAAGGUCAAAUAUCUGCUUCUGAUGGCUAAACAUUGCUAAGCCAAAAAUCUAAUUAAAUUUUGGCAAUUUUAAGGGUAUACUUUGACCAUGCAGGGUCAUCUGGACCAAAUGUGUUAAUUAAAUAAUGUACCAGUUUGCAAAGUCUGAGCCUGCUUUGUAGUUUAGUUCUUGAACUACGGACUUGUGAAAUUUGUUGAGGCCAAAUAAAAUCACAUCUGUAGUGGUAACAGAGGCACUUCAGGAUGCAGCUGUACAGGGAAAAGGUGUGGCAGAUGUACACUGUACUACACUAACCUGGUAAUGUGUAAUGAGGUGCUCAACAUUUUCAGAGAAGUGUACCAUCAAGCCACAAAUCACUACAUCUCUACGGUUGUCCACACCAGCAUCCUUAAUGGAACACAAACAGAUCGCAUGAAUGACAUAUGAAUCUAAUAAGUGAAGUAGUCAUAUGUCUCACAAAAUCAUUUUAUCAUAUGGAUCAAUAAUUUUUUUAGUUAUGUAAUUAUGAAAAUGUGAUAAACAGUGCUAGUUCAAUAUGAAUAACACAUUUCUGUAUUUUAAAAUGAUUAUAUUGUUCUUACAUUAUUUAAUAACAUUUUGUGGCUCAAUGCACUAAAAACUUUGGAUAGGAGUCUAAAUUGAUGCUUGCUUAUGGCUUGUUGUUGUCUUUGUCUGAAAUCUGAAAGUGUCUCUCUUCAUUUCCCAACAGGCAAAAUGGACAGUCUGGUUCACUACAUUAAUCCGGUGCAUAUCUCCUCCUUAUUAAGUCUGCUCAAUGAACAGCGAUUGAAUGGUCAGCUCUGUGAUGUGAUAAUAAUUGUGGGUGACCACAAAUUUCAGGCUCACAGGAGUGUUCUUGCUGCAAGCAGUGAGUACUUUCAGACCAUCUUUAACAGUGGAAACACUCAAGGACAGUCAGUUGUCCAGCUCGAUUUUUGUGACCCAGAAGUCUUUGAGAAUGUGUUAAAUUACAUCUAUUCCUCUUCACUGUUUGUGAACAAAGGAUAUCUGGCUGCAGUUCAAGAGCUGGGCUGUAGUUUGGGAAUCCAAUUCUUGAAUAAUAUAAUGGAAAAGAAGCCUCAGGUUUCUUACAUUGUGUCUAAGAAGAAGAUGUUUUCCGAGGGCAAUGAGUGUAACUUUACUUCAAGAAAUGUCAUUGCUGGCCAGAAUCAUAGUGACAAUCCUGGAAAUAUUUUUUCUCAUAUUGAGGCUAUACAUCUACAUGGGAAAACUCCAUCAGAACACGCAAUAAGAAAGCAGACUGUUCUACCUAUUGGAGAAUCCAAACAGUUAUCUGUAACCUCUUCUGUAUCUUUAAUUGAUUUGCAAAUACAGCAUAGACAGUUACCCUCAGAUACUACAAGCCUCAGUGACAAUCCACAGCUGACUGACUGCAAAGAAGCAUAUCCAGGCAACAGAAACCAAAAGUUUAGGCAGACUGACAGAGUUGGUUUUCUUUUCAAAACUCCUUUGGCCAAAUCAUUAUCAAUAGAUAAUCCUGUAUGUACUACUGUAUUUCAUCUUGAUAAAAGAAAAAAAAGAGAAUCACCAGUGAAAUCCCCUAAUAUAGAAGCAACCGAUCAACUGGGAGAUCUUUCUGAUGUAAUACAGGUCACUGUUGGGGAUGAUUUGCCUGUUGAUGUUAGAAACUCAACAGUGAGCUUUGAUGAGCCAAAAGAAAUUCCUAUGAAUGAGGAAGACGAACAAAGAAAGGCAAGAUUAUGCAGUGAAAGUAGCUCGUUAAAAAAACCAAAUGGUGUUAAUGAACACAGCUUUUCAUCAGAAGGCGCUAGGCCUAGCAUCACAGCCGACAAAGCAAACAAUGACAUGCAGAGGGAGCUAAAACGGAACAGAAUUUUCAAAUGUCGGAAUUGUUUAAAGGUGUUCCGGUCCAGCACUGGACUAUGCCGGCACAUAAACAUGUUUCACAAUCUAGAAAAGCCGUAUGCGUGUGACAUCUGUAAUAAACGAUUUCACACCAACUUCAAAGUAUGGACACAUUGCCAGACGCAGCAUGGGGUAUUGCAAGAUCCAGCUCCUACUACUAGCUCCUACAUAGGCAUGGAUGACAGAUUGUACAGGAAGUCUGGUAGUUUGGUGCAAGAAAGAGAAUUAAAGAAAAGGCCGUGGGGCCUUAAGUCUGGAAGUCUGCAGUCUCAAAUAAAUCAUAAAUAUCAUCUUAGGUCAAGGUCUGUAAUCAACACCUGCCCUCAGUGUGGAAAUACAUACAGGUUAUUGUCUCAGUUCAAACGUCAUUUAAUGUUGCACCAUUGUGUGAAAUCUGAAAUCCUGAAUAAUGUGAAGGAAGAGUUACCCCAGGCAAAUGACCAUGGUCUUCAUUCUCAGAAGGACAAAAACCAAGAUGUGAGUUCUUGUAGUGUCUGCAGUGAGAAAUUCUGUGCUAAGUAUGAGCAGGGAGAGCAUGGGCAAAGAUGUCAACCAUCAAAGUGUCCACAUUGUGGCCCUUUUGACUCCUUCAAAAAGAAUCAAACUGAGACCCACUGUGAGUACAAGAACUUGGCCUGCCAUGAAUGUAAGCGAACUUUCCAGUCCACCUUCAGCUUAUGGCAGCACCAAGUAGAGGUUCACAGUCAAAACCUUGAGACCGGAAAGGAACCAGUGUCUGUUUAUCAUCAGGAUCACAACAAUGAUGCAGCCAGUGGCAUGAAAGGUUGUGGUUCUGGAGAAAAUGUUGACUUUGAUUCUUCUAAGCCAGUGAUAUUUCAUCCUGAGAGCAGUUCCAUCAGUUUGCUCUCACUCCAGGAAGAAAUAAAGGUGGAGGAGGAGCCAUCUAAGGAAAACAUUGACAACAGCUGCAACCAUGGACCAAAGACCCUUGAGUCUAGCCAGUGGUCAUGUGAAAAAUGUGGUAGGCAUUUCAGUGGCUGUAAGCAACUGGAGCGCCACCAAGAGCUGCUGUGCUACAUCAAACCUUUCAUUUGUCAUAUAUGCCAGAAAUCUUUCAGAACCAAUUUCCGUCUCUGGAGCCACAUUCAGUCGCACACACCAAAUUCUGAGUCAGCAUCCAAAAAGAGAAGAAAAGAUUUUUCCUCCCAUUCCCCAUCUCUGCCUCUCCCAUCAGAAAUUACAGAAAGUGUGUCUGUUGCUAUGGGCAGGAAGACGGAGGAAAAUGCAGCAGGUGAACUCCUACACAGUGGCAUCUUGUGUGACACUCUGAGCCCUUCUAAGCAGUCCGAUCAAGUGUGUAACCAUCCUCCAGCACCCUCAUCCUCUAAGAGGCAGCACAUUUGUAAACUCUGUCGUCGCAAUUUCAAGACUGCUUUUAGUCUUUGGAGCCAUGAGCAAAGUCAUUCCAAUCAUUGAAUGUAGUGCAUAGCUUUUUGAUACAUCCUGGAUAUAACAACGGGCUACCAAAUAUUUUAUUUAUUUAUUUUCAGUGCUGUUGAAUACAGUAAAACAUUUUGGAAUCCAGUGUUGUCAGUGAGAAGAAAGUCAUUCUCAUUUUGUAGUGCUUGUUUUCAACCUUAUUUUUGGACUCUGACCAAAGUAAACUCAUAUGUGUUUCUUUACAUUGUGUGUAGUAUUUGAAUUUUGAGUUGUAACGUAAAACAGAUUUACCAUGAAACUGGCCACACUGAUUUAAUGCAGUUGUUCAAUGAGUUGUUCACAAAAAUGUUCAUAAUUUAUGGUACGGUAGAGCCCUUUCUGAAUAUGCAAUUACUGCACUUUGAUAUUUAAAACAUUAAAAAUGUCCACUGCUUUUGCACUUGUUUCCCUUAAAUAAUUCAUUCACUAAUGUAACAUCAUUUUCUGAAAUGCAGUUAAAGUGGUAUUUGAUGUUUUUGUUAUUUGUGCCUCGUUUAUUAAUUACGGAAAAUAAAGUGCUUUGGACUGAAA